AUGUUUUUCUCCGAGGCCGGGACCCGGCCGCGCACGUGGGAAGCCAGCCCUUCGGAACACAAGAAAUGGGUGGAAGUAUUCAGAGCAUGUGAUGAAGAUAACAAAGGCUAUCUAAGCAGAGAGGACUUCAAAGUUGCUGUUGUGAUGCUGUUUGGGUACAAGCCCUCCAAGAUCGAAGCCGAUGCUGUGAUGUCUUCAGUGAAUCCAAACACUUCCGGUCUAACACUCGAGGAGUUUUUAAACAUUAUAAGGAAGAAGAAGGAAGCUCAGCUGUACCGGAAUGAAAUAAGACACAUCUUCACAGCUUUUGACAGGCACUACCGUGGAUAUCUAACUUUGGAAGAUUUUCAGAAAGCAUUCAAGCAGGUGGCUCCCAAGUUACCAGAAAGGAUAACGCUCGAGGUUUUCAGGGAAGUAGACCGAGACUCAGAUGGCCAUGUCAGCUUCAAAGACUUCGAAUAUGCCAUGAACUACGGACAGAAGUGA